GGCUGGUGGGUCUGGCUGCUGAGCAAUGUGCUGCAGGACAGCGUGGCCGUGGUCCCAGCGGUGCCGUCCCAGAGAGAGCCCAAGAUUCUGACACAAUGAGGAAGCAUCUGGGCGGAAGCUGCCUGGCGGUGGUCUGUGUCCUGCUGUUCUGCCAGCUCUGCACAGUCCAGGCGAGAGGCAUAAAGCACAGAAUCAAGUGGAACCGGAAGGCCUUGCCGAGUCCCUCACAGGUCACCGAGGCCCGUGUGGCCGAAAUCCACCCUGGCACCUUCAUCAGGCAGGGCCGAAAGCUGGACAUCGACUUCGGAGCCGAGGGCAACAGGUACUACGAGGCCAACUACUGGCAGUUCCCUGAUGGAAUCCACUACCAUGGCUGCUCUGAGGCCAACGUGACCAAGGAGAAGUUUAUCACCAACUGCAUCAAUAUCACCCAGGCGGCCAACCAGGAGGAGCUGUCCCGAGAGAAACACGACAAGCUUUACCAGCGAGUCCUGUGGCAGCUGGUCAGGGAGCUCUGCUCUGUCAAGCGCUGCGAUUACUGGCUGGAGAGGGGAGCGGGGCUGCGGGUCACCAUGGACCAGCCCGUUAUGCUCUGUCUGCUGCUUUUCUUUUGGUCAAUCGUGAAAUAGGCCUGCAAGGGGGCUGGCAGUCACAGAGAUGAGAGGGGAAGCAAAUCACGGAGGGACCCCAGCUCCUCUCCUCCAGCCCCACACCCACACAUGUUCUGAAGGUACCAAGGAGCAGUGAUUUUUCAGCGCUUCAAAGAGCACUCCCCAGGGUCCCUUGGGUAUUCGCUUGUAUUUGAUAAAUGUGCGUGUAUCCGUCCCCUCGGGCUCCACCAGAGGGCGGCUUGCUCAGCGCAGCUUCCUUAGCCCCCGCAGGACCGUCCAGGCACACCGUAUGGUUAUUAUUAUGCAAUCAGUAUUUGGAGAGCAGAUCAAAGAACGCACCAGGGACUGUGCCAAGCACUUCACAGUGCUCCCCACGGCUCCUAGACAGAGGCGUCCUUCCCAUUGUAGAGAUGAGGUGAAGUGGCUAGAAGGUGGCAGAGACAGAAUUCAACCCCAGAUGUUCCACUCUGGGCAACCCCAGGGCUGUCUUGUGAGCCAUUUAUGGCUCGCAAGGCCCGAAUCCAAACACAUAUUUCUGACAAAAUGGCAGCAACUCCACUUUUAGAAAUAUGAAAAGGUCUGAGCUGACAACCAUGUAUUCUGUACCUAGUUACAUGGAGACUUCAAUUCCUCUAACAUACAAUAAAGAGUAUUUUUCAAGGACAUGCCUGCUUCCUAACGUCUCCUAACCCUAUGUGCAUAUCUUUAUUUUCAUGCAUACAGUAUCUUUAAAUAUAUCCCUUUACCUAGGUACCCUACACAAUCUCUAGCUGGUUUCUGCUGCCGCUUUGGCAGGGGCCACCAUUUCUGUGAACCACUGAUCGCCACAAGAGAAUCAUUCCCUUCCAAAAAGGUUAACAAGAAACUUGUUUUAGGAAAACCCAGUGAAGAAUUCAUUCACACCAUAAGCAAGGGUAGGUAUAACAUUUAUUAUCUACUUAUCAUUAGUUAAAUACAUAUAUACAUAUAUUACAAAAUGUUAUUAAUGUCAGUUAAAUGUAUGUACUACAAAAUAUGAAACCUUUAAAUAAAAAUGAUUAAUCUAAUGCUCCAAGAUAUCCCCCACCCCUAAUCCCACCCCCAGUCCCUCUGGGCUCCUCUCUAAGACCCAGGAGAUGUUGAGCUAUGUUUGGAAAUGAUAGCUGCUGAAUAUUAUCAAUUCUUCUUUAAAAAGAGUCUGUAAGGGUGAAAAAAAUGUGCAUUCUCAGACAAUUUAUCCAAAGUAUUUUAAAACAUGAAUGCUGAUAAUGGUACCUCUUGUCCUCAGCCUCCACUGCUAUCAGUGUUCUUCUCAAGGCUACACUUUGAAGGUUUUAAUAUAGAAGCCGGUUGGGGAAUUGGGGGUGGGCCAACUGGGUGGCACAACUGGUGUAUUCCCCUAGGUACAGUUGGA